AUGACGGGCCAAGGAGCCCGCACAGCAAGAAUCUCCAGUCACAGAGAUAUUCAAAUUUCACUUGGACACAGCUCUGAGCAAUCUCCUCUAGUUGGACCUGCUUUGAACGGGGGGAUUGGAGUGUAUGACUGCCGUGGAGUUUUUAGUCGGUCACCAGUCAACCACGCAAACUUCUGGGCAUGCGAAGAGCUACCCCUCCCACCAAAGACGAGACGUCAUCACUCUUCAAAACAAUGUGCAAGGGCAAGGCUUCGCAGUCAGGCUGUCCUGCUAAUUCCCUUAACUGCUCAGAGGAUCUGGGAAGCUACGGAUAUGUCUUCUGAAUUUCCUGCGGUAACGCUGGCUUCAGGAAUGGACACCUUCGCAACUUCUCAGACCAACAGCUCCACCUGCGACUUGUACGAACACAAAGAUACUGCCAGGAUACUACUGUCUGUGUUCUACAGCUUUAUCUUGAUUUUUGGAGUGCUUGGAAAUGCAAUUGCCCUCACUGUCAUUUUUAAAAACAGGAAGAAGAUCAACUCUACCACCCUCUAUUCAACAAACCUUGUCUUCUCCGACCUCUUGUUUUGCAUGGCUCUGCCUACGAGGAUAACCUAUUAUGCCCUGGGCUUCCACUGGCCCUUUGGAGAAGCGCUGUGCCGAGUAACUGCUCUCUUCUUUUAUAUCAACACCUACGCAGGUGUAAACUUCAUGACAUGCCUGAGCAUCGACAGGUUUUUUGCUGUUGUCCACCCUUUCCGAUACAAGAUCAGAAGGAUUAAAUACGCCAAGGGCAUUUGUGUAUUUAUCUGGUUUCUUGUAUUUAGUCAAACUUUCCCAUUGCUUAUACAAUCCAUGUCACAGAAAGAAGAAGAAAGGACUACAUGUAUGGAAUACCCGAACUUUGAAAAAAUCCCCCAUUUACCAUUUAUACUUCUUGCUGCAUGUUUAAUAGGGUACCUUAUUCCCCUUGGGAUUAUUCUGUUUUGUUACUCUCAAAUUAGCUGCAAACUUUUUCAGACUGCCAAGGAAAAUCCACUGACUGAAAAAUCAGGGAUAAACAAAAAAGCCAUCAAUACAAUUAUAUUUGUGAUUAUAGUAUUCAUCAUCUGCUUUACCCCUUAUCAUGUUACAAUUAUCCAACACAUGAUUAAAAAGCUUCAGAAUGAACCCUUCUGCAGUGAAAAGCAAAUUUUUCAGAAGUCGCUCCAUUACACCGUGUUUCUGAUGAAUUUCAACUGCUGCCUAGAUCCUUUCAUCUAUUUCUUUGCCUGCAAAGGAUACAAGAGAACUGUAAUGAAAAUACUGAGACGACAAGUGAGUGUGUCCAUUUCAAGUGCUGCCAGGUCACAUCACGAAGAAAGCUCACGUGAUGUGGGAGAAACGCAGAUGAUGGUACUUGCAAAAUCUUCCAAUGGAAAGUUACCUGAAAAACCAAGUCUGUAAAGUGCACGGCAGCAAAGCGAGCUU